AUGCGUACCUCUACGAUCCUUGCUGCCAUAUCUUUGGCGCAAGCAACGCUUGCUGCAACCGAGCCGAAAAACUUCAUUUUCAUCAUUCCCGAUGGCAUGGGACCCGUCUCCCUGACACUACUCCGGACGUAUCUGUCUAUGGUCAACGGAAAUUCAACCAGUCGUGCUCCUCGAAUCAAUGCGCUACCCAUAGAUGUCACUGUCAUCGGCAACACCAGAACUCAUUCAGCCAAUAACCUAGUGACCGAUUCUGGUGCUGCGGGCACUGCUCUUGCCACCGGUUACAAGACUGAGAAUGGAGCUAUCGGUGUCACGCCCGAUGGUAAACCGGUCGGGUCCGUGAUGGAAGCUGCUGCGUUAGCAGGCUAUCUCACUGGCCUUGUUGUGACUUCACCCAUUAGUCACGCGACUCCCGCUGCCUACUUCUCCCACUCUGUGAGCAGAAAUGCUCUUGACAAGAUUUCAGAGCAGCAGAUCGGAUACAGCCACCCUCUUGGAAUUAGCGUUGACCUCAUGCUUGGCGGCGGUCGCUGCUACUUCCAGCCUCAGAACGAAUCCGAAUCAUGUCGCACAGACGAUGUCGAUCUAUUUGCGUAUGCUGAAUCGAAAGGUUACUACACUGCGCGCGAUCGUGCCGGUUUUGACGCUCUUGAGCUUGGUUUGGGUGACAUUCAGCUUCCGUAUGUUGGAUUGUUCAAGGAUGGUGACCUCAGCUAUGAAGUCGAUCGCCAACAACAAGCCGCCGACGUCCGCGAACCAUCGCUGUCUGAGAUGACCCAAGCUGCCCUCAACUCACUCUCGCGGGCCAGCGCAUCCAGCGACAAGGGUUACAUCAUGAUGAUCGAAGCUUCGCGCAUUGAUCACUCGUCACACGCGCACGACUCUGUCGCUCAUCUGCACGAAGUCCUCGAGUUCAACAACGUUGUAAACAUUGUCAUGAAGUGGAUUGACACGCAUCCUGAUACUACCUUUCUCGCUGUGGCAGAUCAUGAAACUGGUGGCAUAACGAUCCCCUCUCGAUACGAUCCAUCGGUGCUCCAGCCCAGCAAACAUUCAGUCGAACACCUGAGCCAGCUUUGGAGCGACUACAAUGGUACCGACAAGGCUGCAUACCUCACCAACGAGAUCAUUCCUGCGUAUGGUCUGUCUAACGUCUCCGACGCGGACAUCGGAACCCUUCUUGCUGCUGGCGAUGAGUUUGGACAGGAACUUGCCGACCUUCUGAACGAUCGUGCGGGACUUGAGUGGUCAACCGGUGGUCAUACUGGCGUUGACACCACUUUGUAUGGCUAUGCUGCUGGUAACAUGGGUGACAGGCUCGUCUUGGACAUGGCAGGCGGCUGGGACAACACCGACCUACCUAAGUACGUUGCUGCUGCUCUGGGUGUGGAUAUGGAUGAGGUUACGGAGCUGUUAAAUGCCAACGGAACGGAGUGGGUACCUAGGGAUGAGGAGGAAGAGCCAGAAAGAAGACGCUGA